AUGGAUCAUUUAUUUGAGAAGCAAAAAUGGAAGCGAAAAAUUUCAACACAUCCUCCGGAAAUACCUAAAGGAAAGCGUACCAAAAUGAGAGCCCACAAAGAAUAUCCUAGACAUCGCUUCAAGAUUAUUAUUAUAGAUAAGCCAUCAAAUAUCUCUGGUUCUUCUUUUGGUCCCUCAUCUAAAUCCCAAGGAAAUGACAAGACUUCACAAGGCUAUGUUCCUUGGAAGGUUGUAUAUUCAUCUACUCCACCACCUGCUAGUUUAAAUGCUUUGCCUUCUACUGUGAAGGCAUAUUUGGAUAUUUGUAUCGAUGGGAUCAUGUAUGUUGCUCAAGUGAGAGAAGAACGCCUAAUGGCUCAAUUUGAUGUAGAUGUUGUUGAAGCAAGGGCAAGGGAAGAUUUUAUGAUGGCUCGGCUUGCAAAAUUAUCAAGGAAGCUCUUGUUGUAUAAAAGGGUUCGAGCUUUGAUUUGGAUUUUGACAAUUUCACUGCCCCUCUUGACCCAUGUCCAUCCAACCUGCCAUAGUGAAGAAUUCAUUUCGUCAUCAUCAUUACAUCAUAUUUUGACUUUUAUAUAUCUUUUCUCUGGGAUAUUAUCAUUUUUUCUAUUUUAG